CCUUACGAUAGUGUUUUGUUUCAAUCUGCACUACACAUGUUUCGGGAUUUGUUGCAUUAACGUAAAGAAUAGGUAGUCAUUUAGAAAAUUUUUGCAAUGGAAUCUUCAUUAUCAAGUGGACAGUUAUCAGGCCAACAGAAAGAUGAUUUAAUGGAUCAAGUAAAACAGCAAAUUGCAGUUGCUAACGCACAAGAGCUACUUACGAAAAUGACGGAAAAAUGUUUCAAGAAAUGUAUAAUUAAACCUGGCACAUCGCUGGAUAGUUCAGAACAGAAAUGUGUUGCGAUGUGUAUGGAUCGGUAUAUGGAUGCUUGGAAUUUAGUUUCAAAAGCAUACAGUAACAGGCUGCAACGAGAAAGACAUCGCAUGUAGAAGGAUAUAAGUGUUACUAGUGCUGUUUAGUGAGUCAGACAUUCAGGUGAUGUACUGUGACAAGCUACAGCUUAAAAUACAGUUUACCAUAUUCUUUUGUACAAGCUGAAAUUGCUGGGAAAAAGUGUAACCUUUUACAGUGAUUAGUUUUACAUUUCAAAUUAAAAGUUGUGUAUAAAAUAUUGUAAAAUUAAUUUUAUUGGCAGAAAGAAAUUAUAUUUUAAUUAAUCUUAAAAAUACAAACAUUUUCACAAAAGUAAGAACAUUAAUUACAUAGUCAAACUGUAAUUAUUGGUUACAAAGUUCAGAAAUAUAGGCAACAACUUUUGGUACAGCACAUUAAAAUAUAUAAUUGAAUAUCUUGAUGUUAAACUAUGCACACAUAGUUUCAGCAAGAAAACAUUAUAUCAUCAGACAUCCAAUCUUACAUAACAUCUUCCAUGUAAUCUGCAACACCGGUCAGGUUUGAGAGUGUAGCAUCUGCCGUCAUGUCAUCCAGCUGUAGAAGAAGGAAAGUGAUGUUAACUUUGGUCCAUUUGAAGUUUAUGAUGGCUUAAGUUUUGUUUGUAAAUAUAAAUUAAAUCAAAGCUUAACUGACUA